CACAUUGUUACACGUUGUGAUUGGUACGAAGAGAGUGAACGUGAUUGGAGAGAGAAGAUGGGUUGCGAUACCGAGACGGUCGAGCGACAGAGCGAGGCUAGCGGUUUGGGAGAGCAUGUUGAUUUUGACAAGAGGCGGGUGAUUCGGAAUUUGCUGAAGAUGGUGAGAGAGUUACCGGAAGUGUACGACUCAGAGGACAGCAAUAGGAUGACGUUUUUGUAUUUUGCGUUGUCUGGGUUGGACGUGAUGGGGGCGAUUGGGGAAUUAGAAGAGAGUGGUCGGUUGGUGGAGUGGGUGUACGCCCAGCAGGUGUUGCCGAUUGGGGAGGGAAUGGAGGGAGUGGAAGUUGCGAGAUGCGGUUUUCGAGGGUCUGGUUUUGCGGGUGCGAUUAGGGACGAGAACGGAAAGCAGAGGUUGAGUGAAUGGGUUUACAUAGAGUCUCACUUGGCGAUGAGUUAUUCGGCAUUGUGUUGUUUGGUGAUUUUGGGCGACGAUUUAUCGAGAGUGAACAAGGGAGCGUUGGUGCGCGCGUUGGGGGCGUUGCAGUGCGAGGACGGUAGUUUUCGCCCGUCGCACUUGACGUUGUUAGACAACGACUUGAGAUAUGUGUAUUGCGCGUGUGCCAUAUCUGCGCUGCUGAGGGAUUGGUCCGGGGUGGACAGGGAGAGGACGCUGGAUUACAUCAAGGGGUGUUUGUCGUACGAGUACUCGUUUGGCCAGAUGCCGUUUCAGGAGGCGCAUGGGGGUGGGACGUACUGCGCGGUGGCGUCUUUGGCGCUGAUGGGUUGGUUGGACAGGGUUGGGUUUGGGGGUUGGACGUCCGUUGGGGUGGCGGAGGGGUGGAGGGAGUCGACGAUUGAGGAGUGGAGGAAUUGGUCGACGGAGGCGCAGGGGAUGGUGCAUUGGCUGGUGAACAGACAGACGUCGGGGUUUCAGGGCAGAUUUGACGGUGAGGAGUCCCCAUUGGUGCCGGGCGGUGAUGAGGGCGAAGUGUUCGUCGAAGGAGUUGACGCGGAGGGUGGAGAGACAGAGGUCGUGAUCCCAGAGUCCCGAGAGAGUGAACUGGCGGAGUUGGGUGAAGGGGGUCCAGGAGGGUUGAGAGGGGGAGUAGCGGAGGACGACGAGUCCGUCUUGGAGUCGGAGGAGGAGGUGGGGGUGGUCUUCGAGGGAGAAGAGUCGCAGCACGGCGGGGUGGUGGAGGUGGAGAGGGUCGGCGAGGCGCCAGAGGAGUCCGUCGAAUUCGAGGGUGAACAGAGUGUUGGAGUGGAUGCAGGCGAGGAGCACGAGGUGGGGGUAGGCGUGGGAGGUCCACUGUUCGGGGAAGAGGAAGAAGAAGUAGAGGGUGUCUUGGAAGAGGAAGGACUGGAAGGAGGCGGGGUGGCUGGAGAGGUUUUGCUGGAGGAGUUGGUCGAAGGAGAGGGAGUGGGAUUGGCAGGUUGA